AUGGCAGAUGAGGAAGUAGAGGAAGAGGCAGAGGUAAUAGAGGCAGGAGGAGCAGAAAGUGAAACUCCUCUUACUCCCGUGGAGACAGAGAAGGCUCUUGCCCCACCUAAAUAUGAAGUGCGACCUGGUCUUGGAGAAAAAUUUCAGGCCCAAAAUGUGCGGGAUAUUAUUGUGUCCACAAUGCAAGAGCAGCUGACUGGGCGACAAUACCGCUCUGACCAGGCGCCGCGAUGGGCUAAAGUUAUCGCUAACGCUGUUCGGCAACGAGUUCAAGAGCUGGACAUGAAACGGUACAAAGUAAUAGUGCAAACAACAAUACUGGAACUAAAAGGGGCCGGAGUAAAGUGUGGACAGCGGUGUAUAUGGGAUCCGGAGACUGACGACUAUGCAGAUGAUUUGUAUAGGAAUGAUACAAUAUUCUGCUACACUAUUGUGUACGGGAUAUAUUUAUAUUAA